AUGAAGUUGCAUUACAUCGGAAUAAUCAAGAACGAGAAUAAGCCCUCACACGAGCUCUGCGCUGAGAAGGACCUGAGCGCUUACUCGCGCUUCACACGCAACAACUAUGGCGAGUUCAUGACCCUAUUCAGCAAGACAGUCGCAGAGCGGACUCGACCCGGGCAACGGCAAGAUGUCGAGGAGCAAGACUACACCUUCCACGCCUACGGCCGCACCGAAGGCGUCGCCGGCAUCAUCAUCUCCGACCACGACUACCCCGCGCUUGUCGCUCACCAACUGCUCUCCAAAGUCGUCGACGAGUUCCUAGCCAAGUACCCACGCUCCUCGUGGGCGAACUCCUCCCCAACUCUCUCCUUCCCGGAACUAAAGGAAUAUAUCGUGAAGUACCAGGAUCCGCAGCAGGCGGAUAGCAUUAUGAAGAUCCAGAAGGAAUUGGAUGAGACGAAGAUCGUGCUGCAUAAGACGAUUGAGAGUGUGUUGCAGAGGGGAGAGAAGAUCGAUGAUCUGGUGGCGAAGAGCGAUGGGCUGAGUGCGCAGAGUAAAAUGUUUUAUACGCAGGCCAAGAAGCAGAAUUCUUGUUGUGUAGUUAUGUGA